CAAAAAUAUAGUUAUGAAUCUAGGGUUACUAUUGACAGCUUAUUUUUCAUUCAACAAAGAAUAAAACCAUAGUUAUAGAAUUAUAAAAUACACAAACAUUUCACAGACUAUUAAAACAUUUCUACAUUAAUAAUUAUGAAUUAGUUCACACUGGAUUAUAAGCACCACAAUGCCUGCACCCAAACAGAAGUCUGACAAGUCUAUAGGCAAGCAAAUGUCAGAGACACUCUCAUUAAAACCUCCUCUUGAUUUUUCUUUUAAAGAACUAUCUACUGAAAAUGACAUUCUAUCAAGAAAACCAAGGAGAAACCGUGUGGGCAGACUACCAGAAGUAGGAGCCAAUGACAAGUAUGUGACAGCAUCGGUGUGGUUGGGCAACAAUAAUAUCCAAACAACUCGUGGUGCAGCAGCAAUACUCACCCACAUCAUAAACUCACCUUCACAACUAGCUUGGCUCGACCUAUCAUUCAACCAGAUCUAUGACAUCGAUGAGCCAAUUCUCCAGCUAAAAAAUUUGAAGAUACUUUACUUACAUGGCAAUAGCAUCCAAAAUGUAUCGUCAGUGUCAGUCCUCAAGGACCUAUCCGCACUGCGCACCCUCACCCUUCAUGGGAAUCCCAUUGACUCAAUUCCCCAGUAUCGCACUCAUGUCAUCAACAUGCUUCCUCAACUGUCCAACCUUGACUUCUCUCCUGUUGUCGGCUUCGAGAGGAAAGGAGUCCUGCCUCCAGGAUACUUGGAUUUUGCAAAGUUUGACAAGAAAAAGGCCACUCCAAAAGCUUAAAGAAUCUAAUUAUAAUUCAUAUUUGUAAUACAAGAUAUCUGCAGUAAAGAUUUUAAAUGUAAAAAGAA